AGUAUUUAAACAUACAUUCAAUUAAAACACAACAAAUUACUAAUAUUUUCGUUCAAUUCAUUCAUUCAAUCGUUUAUUUCGGGAUUUAAUAGUGAUUUGGAUUUGAUUUGAAGACAACACUCAAAGUGUUUACAAAUUUGUGUUUUCUUUGAAUCACAACAAGAAAUGAGUGAUUAAUUAAUCCAAUGAUUGAAACAUUAUUUUGCAAACAAAUGAUUGAAAUAUUAUUUUUUUAAUUACAAAUAUUUUGUCUUUGAAUUGUGUGUUGAGAAGUGUUGAGACAAUUGAAGACAAUAUUGAAGUGAUUUUAUAUAUGAAAUGAAUCGUUCAGAAGGUUUGGUUCAACGAAGAACUCAUAUCAAUAGUUCCAAUAAUGAUAAGACAAAUGGUGGCAAUAAUGGCACCGAUAGUGUCUCUAAUGGCGACCCAAACACAAGUCAUGGCCACGAGUUGGCCGACGAAGACAUCGACUCUAAGGAAACCAGACUUACGCUUAUGGAAGAAGUGCUUCUCUUAGGACUCAAAGACAAAGAGGGCUAUACGUCCUUCUGGAACGACUGCAUCUCCACUGGACUCAGAGGUUGUAUUCUUAUAGAGUUGGCUCUCAGAGGAAGAAUACAACUCGAAAGGCUUGGUCUCCGCCGACGAUCUCUUUUGCUGAGAAAAGUGCUCUUAAAGAACGGUUCGCCGACGGGUGACGUCCUUCUGGACGAAGCACUCAAACACAUCAAAGAGACGGAA